GUAAAACCGAUGUCACUCAAUCAAAAUGGAUUUACGAAGGAUCAAAUCGAAUUAACGAAAAAUAAUACGUGUUACGAGGUAACACCAGAAACAACGAUUUCCAAUGGCAAACUUAUUUUACGCGCUUGUUACAACGAACGAAUAUGUUCUGACAAAUUGUGCAUUAGAAAAUGUUGUCCUGAGGAUGAAUUUUUUAUCGCUGGUCAAUUCGGUUGUAACAAAUUGAAUAACGAAACAUACGUUAAACAUGGCAAAUUUCACGAAACAUUAUUAAAUGUGUCCAAACACAGGAAUAGUUUUACAAAUGGUUAUGGUAUACUGGUUGGGGUACCAUGUGGAAAACAAGGAAAAUAUAUCUUAGGCCCGAAUGAUACUUAUAGCCUUACUUCUAAAGGAUACCUCGACCAUGUUCAAGCGAGGAUUUAUAAUCACCAUGAGUAUUGUAUGGAAAUGUAUCGAAAUUAUCCUGACGAAGGCUUUUAUCCUUUCGUUUGUUUCGAAGAAAAUGAAAAACAAUGCGAAUUACGAUGCAACAUUUAUACGAUAUUACAAUUGAUCAGUUGUGGAUUUUUUUUUAUGACGUUAAUAGUCUACGCUUGUCUACCAGUCCUUCAAAAUCUUCAUGGGAAAACUUUAAUGUGUCAUGUAGCCCAUAUCUUUUGUGCUUAUUUUUCUCUGGCUAUUAUCAAUUUGGUAACACCCGAAAGGAACGCUGAUAAAUCUACAGCUACUAUAUUGUGCAAAUUUUUAGGUUACACUAUGCUAUUCUCCUUUCUUUCAGCCUUUUCUUGGCUCAACGUCAUGUGCUUCGACAUAUGGUGGACUUUUGGGGGUACACGUGGUAGCACAUCAACGAGAAGAAGAGGACACAGAAAAAGAUUUUUAUUGUAUUGUUUAUAUGCCUGGGGUUUGGCAUGUUUGAUGACUGUCAUAGUAAUCGUCGUAGAUCACACUCAUAUUUUACCGAAUUAUUUGACACCUGGAAUUGGUUUAGGAAGCUGUUGGUUUAAUCAUGGAAAAUAUGUUUAUGCUGAAAUUGUAUUUUUCAUUGGACCAGUUACCCUACAAUUGAUCAUCAACAUACUAUUUUUCGUAGUAACAUCUAUCAAUUGCAACAAAGUUAAAGCUGAAAUAGAUAGGGUCAUUGCAGAUCCAUCUGAUGUUAGAAACAAACGAUACCAAGCUGAUCGAAUCAGGUUAAUGAUGAACAUCAAAUUGUUCAUAGUAAUGGGAAUAUCCUGGAUAUUAGAAAUAAUCUCAUACUUCAUGAACAAAUAUGCCCGAGAUUGGAAAUGGCGAGAAGAUUUUUUUUAUUUUUCCGACUUGUAUAAUUGUUUACAAGGAUUAGCCAUAUUUGUUUUGUUUGUAUUAAAGAAACGCGUUUAUUAUGCAUUGAGAAAAAGAUUGGGGUUCGAGGACAGACGUACGUCGAGUAAUGCAACAACAGCUUUACACGAUACAUCGAGGGUUAACAAAAGUGCAAGUAAUAGUACAUUAAUGUCUACGUUUCAAGUUAGUUCAACACCAUGAUCAAAAUUAAAAGGACGAACUAAUAUAACAUCUUACAUGUAAAAUAAUAAUUAAUAACUAAUAUGGAACACACUUGAAUUUAUUAAGUACAAUUAAUUCAAA